AUGGUUUCCUUUCCAAACCCAUGUGCUCCACAACUCAAAUUUUCACAGAAUAAUCCAAAAUUUACUAGCACACUGACAAAACCUCUUAAGCUGUGACAGUUUCAGUUUAAACAAAACUUUCCAAAGGAGCGUUAACUGUAUCUGUUAUUUUUCGGCUUGAAAUAUAUAUAUAUGAACCAAAAAAAAAAAAAAAAAAGAAGUAAAAAUAUAUGCAUAUAAGGAGAUAAUAUUUAUUCUGAACUCACUAACUUUAGUUCCGAAUUCACUUUUGAUCAAUCCUAAAAUAAUCGUGCUAAUUGUCAAUGUACUGUCUCUCCUCCUUUAUCCGCACUUGUGAUUGAAUAUACUUAAAUGAAACUGGCAUAAGGAGUUCAAGGUACAAAGUCAGACGAAAAAAGGAAACAAAAUAACACUAAAAGGUUUGGUAAUAACAGAAAAAUUGUCCAUUUUUACAUUCCCCGACAAGUAACGCAGUGCUUUGACUUUCAUAAGUGGCCACCAGAGAGUUAAAAUCUGGUGUAAUUACUUUGAAGAGUUGUGCUGCAUAUACCCUUCAAACUGUUUGGUGCUCAAGAAUUAAGAAAGCUCCUAACUUUGUCAUUUUCCUAACCAAGAAAAGCACAAAAAAUGUCAACAAUGGCUUCGCAGAGUACUGGUUACCUCACAAAUUCUUGCUAUAAAAUGGGAAGUUCCUUCAGGCAUCAGAACAUUACUGCUUCCUGGACAAUGUCAAGGAUUACCGUUAUAAAGAGGUCUGAUUAUACUUCCUGAAUACUGCACAGCAUUGACUAUAUAUAAGAGGGAAAAAAAUCAAAAUCUUGUUACUUCAAUGCCGGUCAUUGACUCCCAAUUCGUCAGGCACAGGGAAGAAAGAACUAUCUACAGAAUUUCAGCGAUAUCCGAUUCCACAAUCCGAAACGACUUACACAUCAAAUCUCCAUUUUGAUCGAUUGCAGCUGUCAGAUGAAGUGUUGGACCAGGAAAACAGACUUGAUUUUGGUCAGUUCAUGGCACGUGAAGCCAUGCUUGAUGAAGAAUAUUGGACAGCAGCAUGGCUGCGAGCAGAGACUCACUGGGAAGACCGCCAGAAUGAUCGAUACAUCAAUAACUAUAAAAGGAAAUAUGCCGAGCAGGAGUUUAAUGCUUUGAAAAGGAGGUGUAAAGCACAAAUUGGGCAGAGAUGCCCCUGCAUUGUUGCGGUGCGGACAGAAGAUAAGAAUAUCAGACAUACAGUACUUAAGAGUGUUGUUGGGACCCUAGAUUUGAUCAUCGGGCACUUGUCACAUGGAGAGGCUUUUCCUGGGGAAAGAGUGAACGCCCCAGUUUUCUGCAACAUCGAGAGAAGAUCCGCUAACAGAUAUGGUAAUAUUGCAAAUUUAUGUGUUGCCAUAUCUUCUCGCAGGCAGGGUGUUGCGAGAAACAUGUUGCAUUUUGCUGUUAGAUCGGCCAAAGCAAAUGGUGCGGAAAAUGUGUUCGUGCAUGUACAUACAAACAACGGACCUGCACAAAAGCUAUAUCAAAAGGUUGGCUUUGAGGUGGUUGAAGUGGCGCAUCAUAAAAUUGCGGACGAGCAACCUCACUUGCUUUUCCUCCGAGCAUGAAACACAUCCAAUGCAAGUUGAUUUUUUCUAUUUUUUGUUUUUUGCUGAUAUACUUGGGGCAUACCCUGCACAUCUUAUUAGCUCCCAACAUGUGUAAUUGUCACAUAUAUUCAGUAAUGAAAGCUUCAACUGUGAUUAAACAUAUUUCAUGUA